AUUCUCUGUGUAAAUGUGGCAGGCUAAAUGCAGAACCUGAUGGAUGGCAAAAGCUACUGUAACCUCAUCUGUGCUGAGGCACAGCACAUCCAGCUGGCAAGGCCUUUCUGUGCAGACCCACUGGUCACGUUUCACGUGUACCCAGAAGCACCAAGCCAGGUCCCUUUGGCUGAAGAUUUGGCAUUCCUGCCUUUCAUGUCAGAGCAUCUCAUCACAGACACCUUCUACAGCGAGCCCUGCCCCUUUCCCUACCAAGUGCCCCACUCCAGUCUGCACAAAAGUGAGUACUCCUACGGCUCAGCUUUCAUCAGGAAGAGGAAUGAGAGGGAAAGGCAGCGUGUUAAGUGUGUCAAUGAAGGCUAUGCCAAGCUGAGGCACCACCUGCCCAAGGAGUAUGUGGAGAAACGGCUCAGCAAAGUGGAGACCCUGCGUGCUGCCAUAAAAUACAUCAGGGACCUCCAGUCGGUGCUGUGCACUGACUCUGGGGUGGCAGGAAAAGGUGUCACAGAGCCAAACCAGGCUCCUAAAGGCACUAACAAACCAGCCCAGUUUUUGGAGACGAUCUGAAGAGUUCCAAAGCCAACCCAAGGUAUCCUGGCAGGAAUGUAGUAGCCGCUGUGUCAAUGACGUGUGUGUCCUGGCACUCCUUGGGAGCAGAUCGUGGCACACGUCACUGGCAGCCCACACAAGAGCUUGAACGUUGCACAUAGUUACUACACUUAGAUAUGAGAGGGACAACUGGCAAAAUCUCAGCUGAAUGACUUAAGUUAAUUCAUGAAAAUCAGAGCGAGUUUCUAAAUUUGUCACCAACCUAAAAAUGUGACACCUAUAUGUGUGAAGUUACUGUAUGUAUCAUCACAACCUGCAUGCUUUAAAA